AUGGAUGUGGUUGUUGGCGAUUUUGUUAUCUUGACAUGUAAAGUUGUCAGUGGCACUGGGAAGCUAACAGUCAAAUGGAUUAUUGAUGGGCGUGAAGUGGAAAAUGGACAAAUCAGCCCCACUGUUUUGGUAGACGAUCGGCGGGUUGAAAUUCGAAAUGCACGUUUGAGUGAUUCUGGAAAUUACGUAUGCGUAGUGGAAAAUGAAGCAGGUGAAGCGAGAAAAACAUUCGACCUUGCUGUUCUUGAGCGACCUCGUUUCCUGGAUGUAACGAACUUAAGCCCUUCAAUCAUUGUUGGAAGACCGCUUGUUCUGGACUGUUCAGUAACCGGCACCCCGAAACCAACAGUUAUCUGGACAAAGUGUUUGGCUGAAACUGAGUGGUACUCAGCAGAUUUCUGUAAAAUGAAUAAGGAAUUGGAUUGCGAAAGGCGGAGGGAUGAGGGCAAAUAG